UCGCCGCGUGGGGGCAAUUGAAUUUUUCUGGGCCUUAUGCAGGCGCUGGAGCUACACCAACAUUAGCGGCAGGAGCUCUAUGAGAGAAAAUUCCUUUGAGAUGCGGAUUUCCAUCUUGACAUGUAAAGAAUAACCCUGUCAUCCAAUGCAAAAGGUACUAAGAAGGCUAUCAACUAGGAUUUGGAAGCCUAGCCUGACUAUUCGCAGCGUCUCUUCGAGGCCUUGGCAAGUCCCACGAAAAUUCAAGAUGGCCUCACAAGCCACUCCCGCGGCUGCCCCAGCGGCUAGCCUCACUGUACAUGAUACGGGCUCGUCCAGACCAUCAGACUCAAGACCCCCGAAGCGGCCGGCAGAGGGCAACAGGGGCCCAGGCAAAACCGCUAAAAAGGUCAAAAAGGACAAGAAAAAGGUCAAGGAGGGCGGCAACGAGGAGGUCCUGGCGGCCGAGAUCGAGGACCUGCUGGCCACGCUGGACCUGGCCGGCAAGGACGACCAGCCGCCGCUGCCCGAGGCGGGCGUCGAGUUCGACGUCAGGGUCGUGGAGCAGUCGUCGACAGGCGACGGCCUGGCCCUGCAGGAGGGUUCGGGCCACGUCUACGUCGUGCCCUUCGCCUUCCCCGGCGACACGGUGCGCGUGAGGGUGUUCCGCCACGGGCCCGCGCGCCAGCGGCACAGUCUGGCCGACCUCGUCUCGGUCGUGUCGCCGUCGCCCAUGCGCGACGACUCGAGGGUGACGUGCCAGUACUACGGCCGCUGCGGCGGCUGCAACUUCCAGCCGCUGUCGUACACGGACCAGCUCGCGCACAAGCGCCGCGUCGUCGAGCGCGCCUUUGCCCACUUCUCGGGCCUGCCGCCGGCGUUGCUGCCGCCCGUCGGCGACACCAUAGGGAGCCCGCUCCAGUACGGCUACCGCACCAAGCUGACGCCGCACUUUGACGGCUUUCAGACUCGCAAGGCAAAGCCGCUGGCGGCCUUGCCCGACAUCGGCUUCAUGCUUAAAGGUAGGCGGCGCACAAUCGACAUCGAGGACUGCCCCAUCGGCACCGACGCCGUGCGCCGCGGAAUGAAGAGGGAGCGCGCCCGGAUGGCCGUCGAGUACGGCAACUACAGUCGCGGCGCCACCAUCCUGCUACGCGAGAGCACCCGGCGCUUCCCCAAGACGGUCGACGCCGAGGGCAACAGCGUGGCCUCUGUGCCCGGGGACCUACCUGCCGAGGCGGUCAGGACGGAGACGGACAGAUACGUCGACGUCAAGACGUGUAUCUCGAACCCCAAGGGCACGUCCACCGAGUACGUUGACGACUUUGUCUUUGAGAAUGAGGCCAACUCCUUCUUCCAGAACAACAACUCCAUCCUCCCCAAGUUCACAGCAUACGUCCGCGAACACAUCCUCCCACCGGCCCCAACGGACGGCGGCAGCGACAGCGACAGCGCCACCCCCGCCGUCCGGAACCUCAUCGACGCCUACAGCGGCUCGGGCCUCUUCACCAUCGCGCUGUCGCCCAUCUUCGGCGCCGGCGACAAGUCUAGCAUCGGCAUCGACAUUGACGAGAAGGCGAUCCGCAAGGCCGGCCGGAACGCCGUCCUCAACGGCCUACAGAACAAGGUCAGCUUCGUCGCCAACGACGCCGCCCGCCUCUUCUCCGAGGGCGCGCCCGCGAACAUGGACCCGGACGCGACCGUCGUGGUGCUGGACCCGCCGCGCAAGGGCUGCGACGCGCCCUUCCUGCGCCAGCUGCUCGCCUUUGGGCCCCGCCGCGUCCUGUACGUCAGCUGCAACGUCCACACGCAGGCCCGCGACGUCGGCGUCCUGUCGCGCGGCCACGUCGACGGUGAGGAGAGGCCCGAGGGCGGGCCGAGGUACGAGGUCGAGAGCAUCCGCGGCUUUGACUUCUUCCCCCAGACGUUCCACGUCGAGGGCGUCGCGGUGCUCAACCGUGUUGGCGCCGCCCCCGCGGCCAAGGGCGCCGCUGGGGCUGGGAAGGAUGGGGCCGAGGAUGGGCCUUUGGCGGCAGAGCCUUGAGUGCCAGGAGUCAGGAUAGGGGAAGCAGGAGGCCAAUUGUAAUAAUUACUGGCUAAACGUCGUUGGCCAGCUAGCUUCCGAGGUAUAAAAUCCCAGCAUCUUCGAGAGGGUCCUUUGGGUUCCUAUUUCCCUUUCCGCGAUGACUUCUGUUCCCAUUCGUGAAGGUGACAUC